GUCAUUUCUCGGCAAAUCGCAAUGGAUCGUGUAGAGUGAGUGCGUCAGUGCGACUUUUCGAAUAUUGUGAAUAUAGUGUAGUUGCUCUCGCCCAUGGUUGCUAAAAGGCGAAUUCAUAGUUUGUUUACAUUUUCGUGAGCACUGAGUAAUUACUACAACAACGGCAACAAAAGCAAGAAAAAGCAGGCGCAUCGCCAGCAACAACAACAUUACUGUAAUUUUUUAGUGAUGUCAUCAGAAGUUUCGUUUCGUGGUCGUUGUCGUCGUAGUUGUCGACGUAGUUUGAAAAUUUCUGUUGCCAAUAUUUUCCAAGCGAAAUUUAUUUGUUCUAUCUAAUGUUCUCUUGGAUACAAUAUCAUCAUCACCACUGUCUUAUUCGCUUGCUUAAAUACCUGCUGUUAUACCAUAGAACAUUGGGAACAUCCAAAUCAAAGAAAUUAAAAACCACACCAAAGGACGAUAUUAGUCAGCCGCAACCAUUAAUAGUUUUGCUUUUCGUAGUAGCGUCAAUACUACAAUUUCGCAUCUUUUUGGGUUGCCCUCAUAACAAAAAAAAUUGUCAAGCUGAAGCAAUUGUCGCAAGACGUGACGGUGCUGUUGAAAAUUAAAAAAAUGAACAGCAUCGGUGAGGAGAACGGCAACUCGAGCAACAUUGAGGAAGGUCACAAUUUGACGACUAGCUCAACGCAGCACCAAAGCAACAACUCCUCGAAUUCAACCGCCGGCAAUAGUGUAGCAACAUCGUCAACAGCGAAUGUGGCCACAGUGUUGACUACAACUGCGAAUGCACAAUAUCCAUUAGCGCCAGUACACAAUCUACAGCAAAUGCAGUCUGUAAUUCAGGCAGCCAAUCAGUCGUCAGUCAUUCAAACAGCCGCCACAAAUGCGAUGCCUGUGGUAUCGCCGGCGGCGACAGGGCCCAAGGGUGUGCUAUAUGUGAAUAAACCGCCAAGUACAACGGUCAUACACACAACAUCAGGCAGUGGUGUACAACUCCCUCCAAAUUUUCAAUGUAAGAUCAAACCCGAACCAAUUACACAACACCUCGAUACCAAUAGUGAGGACAGUCUCACCGAUGACGAUUCACCGCAGCGACGAAUAGAGCUUACACGAAGACCAUCGUAUCAUAAAAUUUUCACCGAAAUUAGUGGACCUGAUAUAACAGGUGGAGCGACUUUGCAAAUGUCAGAUACUGGUGGAUUACCUACGUUACCGGGCACGGUGGGCAGUACAAGUGGCACACUAAUACAAUUGCCGCCGGACAACGCGCCAACAUUUUACAUACCUCAUAGGAUUCCAUAUAAUACUAAUAAUAGUGGCAUAGCUGAAGAUCAAACGCGAAAGCGAGAGAUACGUUUACAGAAAAAUCGUGAGGCAGCGCGCGAGUGUCGGCGUAAAAAGAAGGAAUACAUAAAGUGCCUGGAAAAUCGUGUGGCGGUGCUUGAGAACCAAAAUAAAGCGCUCAUUGAAGAAUUGAAGUCACUCAAAGAGCUCUAUUGUCAAACGAAGAUCGAUUGAGAAAGGCAGGAGGACGACGAGGACGACCAUGCGGUUGAGGCGAAGGUGGCGGCUUCGGCUGAUUAUGAAGACAACGACGACGGCAAUGUCGAUAAAAUUGAGGCAGUAAGUGCAGGGAAUUUGGCUGUUGCUGCGACCAUAGGAACUGAUAACUUUGAAACUGUUGUUGCCAGAGGAAUUAUUAAUCUCAAUCCAAUAGUUGAAACGGAAGGACUUACUACUGAGAAUACUACAAUACUUGAUGGGUUAACUUAUGUUGACGACGAUGAUAGCAACCUUUACGAGGAGGAUGCUGCAUCGGAAAGUGUUAAAGUUGAAGAAAAUGAUCCAGCCAAUAAUUGUCAAAUGCAAGUGGUGCAUCUGGAAACCACUUCGUCUACAGCGGCAACAGCAACAACAACAACUAUUGUGCGUCGCCUUGUAGUUGCGAAUGUGAAUGCUGCCGCUGCCACUGCCGUGAAUGCCACCGCCGCCACCGUUGUUUUUGUGCCCGCUAGACCUCCCACAAAUUGUUAACCUGAUUCGGCGAAGAAUUAGCAUUGCACUAAUUUUUCGACUGAACUAAUUUUUUGAAGAAAAAAAAAAACAAAAAACAAAAACAAACAAAAAAUGCAAGAAUGGAAAAGUGAAAAGGAGAAAAUACUUUUUUGUAAUUAAAUUUAUAUAUCUUUCUAUUUAAAAUUAGAUGAGAUAUAAGAUAAGAAUAGGUGCAUUUUAGUUGUGUAAAUGCUAUUCAACUUCAUGUGUAAUGAUGUGUAAUGGAAUUUGUGGAAAUUGCAAACGGCAGUCAAAAUGUAAAAGGCCGUGGUGAUUUUCGCAAAAACCUUAAGUGAAUGGACCCACUACAAAGUGAAAGCAAAAAUAAUUUGCAUCAAAUGUUUUAAAUACAAUUUUAAAUUUAAAAUGAAUUUGUUUCUAAGUUUGUAUGCUACUGUACUAUAGAUGAUGAUGAGGAGUGUGGAAAGGAGUAGCAAAUGCUUUUGAUACCUUGGCUCCGUAGAAAAUUAUGAAAUGAGAAAACAUAUUGGAAGUUAAGUAAUAGAAAAUAAAACUGAAGUUAAGGUUAAAAUAAAAACUAAAUGACGAAAACAUUUCGAAACUUAAAUAUCAAAUAAAAGUUGUAAAUUAUACUUAAAUUGUUUAAUAGUGCACAUUUCUUUUUAUGUGUAUUUAUAUAUUUGUGAGAAAAGAGAGUAAAAGUUAGAAAAAAAAAAAACAACGCAAAGGACGAAACCGAAAUCAUCACCAGCAAACGAGGCAGAAUCGCAGUAGUUAGUCCUCCGAUUUUCCUCGCUUAUGUGGUAAAAUAGUAAGGACCAUUUUUUCGUGCGAGUUUAUAACUAAGCUCAACCCGAUAAGACUCAACUUGAAAACUUAGUUUAACUGCAAACCAGGUUGAAACAUGCACUGAAAAACUGAUCCUAAAUCUAUUUGUUGCUUGCAAGGUAUAUUACAUUAUAUUUUGAAGCCAACAAUAAUUUAUAUGCUUAUUUUUUAAUUUAAUUUCGUUUACAAAUGUAAAUCACUACACCAUAAUUCAUUACAAAAGCUCUUUGUUAUUACUGUCUUUAGUUUAAUUAAUUUAAAUAAAAAAGAUGUGCCGAAAAGGGGCAUGAAUCAGAGUCAAAAGAAAAUUGGAAAACUUUUUUUUAAA